UGCGCCGCAUUUAACGCCGCAAAACGCCAUCGCGAGAUCACGGCAACAUUACUGUGGCCGGUCUUUGCGCUCUCGUCCCAUACAGAUUUGCAGCCGUCUCGGUGUCUCCGUGUUGUGCCAGUGCAAAUGCUACACGCCACCGUCACGAUGUUUACGUCCACCGUCGUCAGCUGGUGUUUCGUGGCGCUGAUCACCAUCAUGUUCAACGUUCAUAAUGUGGAAAGCAUCAAGUGCUAUGUGUGUAAUACCCACAACGAUACGAAUUGCGCUAAAGAAAUACUUCCUGACAGUUUUAAAGUUGAUUGUUAUUCAUUACCUAUAGAAGAAAAUCAGUUAAAAAAUUAUACUAUGUGCAGAAAAUCUAUACAAUCGAUUGAACAUCGGGUGAACGGAUUGAAGGCGGAUAAAAAUCGUAUCAUCAGAACAUGUGCUUGGGAUGACUCAAUGUAUAAGAAUAAAUGUUACCACAGAUCAGGAUUCGGAGGAAAGUCAGACGUGUGCAGUUGUUCGGUAGAUUACUGUAACUUGGCGGAGAAAAAAUCGGUUACUGUCUAUGUUAUGGUCACGAUAGUUUCGUUGGCUAUUUUUAUCACGUAGAAUAUGUUUUUCACUCAUUUCAUAGUGUUGUAUUAAACUACCGAUUUUUAUUUUAUGUAGUGUAUUGAUUUAAAAAUAAACUAAUGCGUUUUAUAGGACUACUUAAAAUAUUCUACACAAAAUAAUAAGUUGAAUGACCUUUUUUUUGUUUUUUUUUUUGUGCUGUUAAAAAGAUUUUGUUUUAUGAUGUAUAUUUUUUUUUUUGUACCAUUAAACACUUUUAGAUAACGUUUUUGUGUAACAAUUUAUAGUAUAGCACCUACAAAAAAGAUUCAUUAACUGUAUCAUUUUCCAUUCCAAUUCUAAAAUUUCAUUACAUACUUUUCAAGUUAAUUAGUCUGCAAAAUAUCUUUAAAUUGUGUUUGGAACAUAUUUAUAGUUUUCAUGUUUGAUGUAUUUAUAUGAAAUUGUGCGAUGAAUGUUUUAGCGAGAAGGCAAAUAAAUGGAAAAGCCUGUAUGGUUUUCAUGUUAGAAGGUUUAACCACGCCCCAAAAACCAAUUACUUAAAAGUUGAUUAAAAAAUUGUUCGUAUUGUUUAAAAAAAUGUUAAAAUAUACCACGACAUUUAAAUUACGUGAAAAUUAGUAUUUUUAAUAGAAAUUUAAAGCAAUAUACAUAUGUAUAUAAUAUUAUUGUAACAUUAUUUGUUAUAAUAUCAUAAUUAAAAAGAAAUAAGAAAUGUCAUCAGGGAUAUCUUAGCGACAAAAAUAUAUUGUUGCGGUAAUUUUUAAAUAGGCUUAUAAAAGAUAAAAUUAUAUAUUGUGGUAUAACAUGAUGGGAUACUGGAUUUCCUCCAAAUCGUGGUCGUAAACCGUCUCCUAGAGUAUAUAUGUCAUGUCAACUCUAAUCGUGGGAUUUCCGUAACUUUCAUCAUCUGGGAACUAUAAAGCCGCGAGGCUUUAUUGACAAAUUAGUCUAGUGUUCCGGUAUGGUCUAAUAAUCCAGUUUCUACAAGUUACAGUGUCACCAUUAAUUUAGAUAUGUAUAAAUGUUUAUUAAAAUUAUAUCUGUAAAAAUUUAUUUGAUAAUUGUUUGUGUUAUACUUAUUUGAAAUAUUAAUUUUAUAUCUAAUAAGUCAA